CCUCACACUUAAACCUAGAAACCAAAAUCAACUUCACAAUCGGCGAAAAUGGCUUCACGAUGUCGAUCUCUGUCGAAGCCAGCGUUUACAAUCUUCAGAUCGGCAACCAACAAACCCUCUCUCCGACCCAAAUCAGCUUCCUCAUUCCUCGGCGUACCUCCAUCGCCUGGACUCGCAAGGCCGGCGAUUGGUCAGCUGGGGUCGCUUCAAUCGCUGCUUCCAUUGUACAGCGCGGUGGCAUCAGCUAGGCUUACAUCGUGCCUUGGUAUCGAUUCUAUGAGUUCAAGGUCUUUGUCUCAGGGUAUGCUCUGCAGUGCCAAUCCAGGAGUUUGAUAUUCUUCUUUUGUGUGUUUUGUAUUUUUAUCUAGCUUGGCUUAAGCGUGCCUCGAUAAUAGGACCUGGACUCAAGAAUAUGGAUUCACUUGAGAUUGGAUUCCCCCACUGUUUUUUUGUUUCUUUGCUGGUCUAGUUCAGUCACUCUGAUCAGUUUCUAUUUGUCUUGUUGAUGAACACUCUCUUUUCUUUUCAUCCAAUUAAGUCUACAAUUUGAAUUGGAAUAUGUACUCUUCAAAUCAUCAAAGGUUAAACAAUUAUAGUCUUUGUGUUCUUCGUCUUCCUUUGAUACUC